CGGGCAGCUGGGUGGCCGUCAUUGUUUACAAGUGGCGCCAGGAGGAGGCUGCGUGCACCCACCUGCAAGAUUUCCAAAUUAUAGUCGACUAGCAGACAUGGGUCGUCGCAAGUCAAAGAGAAAGCCACCUCCAAAGAGGAAGAAUAUUGAACCACUGGAUACGCAAUUUAAUUGUCCAUUCUGUAAUCACGAAAAGUCAUGUGAAGUUAAAAUGAAUAAACCAAGGAAUGCUGGAAGAGUUUCAUGCCGUGUGUGUCUGGAAGACUUCCAGUGUACUAUUAACUACCUCUCGGAACCUGUUGAUGUUUACAAUGAAUGGAUUGAUGCUUGUGAAACUGCAAACUGAUCGAUUCAGUUUGUGCAAUUUUUUUUAUGUUCAUCUUAAUUAUGAAAUACU